GAUUGUGCGGAGCAAAGAUGACUCCACAAUGGAAGAGAGGUUGGCCCAUGAAGGCCGGCGGUUUCGCUACUCUCUGCUACUCUUGCGGCAUGUUAGUUGGCAUGAAUUCCAUCUUGCUUGUUCAAGUGAUCAUUAAGCCAACAAUUUUGUCAACAAUUGCUGAAGACAAUCGUAAGUAUGAGCAACUUCUUCAGGUCACAUGCCCUAAACAGUUUGACCCUUUGCCCUUCAAACAUUUUGCACAUUAAUGCAUUUGAAUUUCCUUGCUUUGUAGAAUAUGAUGCUGAAUGGUUUUGUAAGACAUGAUUUUUCUCAAGCAUUCAUCCUUGUCUUGUACUGAAAGCUCAUCUGCCCAUUUUGUCAUGAUUAUGAUUCUGUUUUGGAAUUCCUUGUGCAUUUGGCGACAAUUAUAAUUUUGUUUGUAAACCGUAAUUUGCUUUAAUACUCUGUGUGGACCUUAGAACUGCCUAUGAACAUGUAAACUACUGUGAAAGAUUCCACCUGAACGAACCUGGUUGGAGGGAAUGCAAAUUCUGUGAUAAGGUAAUUCCAAAUCCCCAAUUCUUGAAAUAUAUAAGAACUUGACAUCUGUUCUACUUACCAAGUCUCUUUGUGUUUGCUAUUUAGCCUGUUCACUGUGGAUGUGUUGUGUCGAAGUAUCUUCAUGAAUGCCUUGAUUUGGGAGGAAUAUCAUGCAUAAAAUGCAUAAGAGCUAGGGGAACACAAGCUCUAAAACCAAUACAGAGCUACCCUAGUGACAUUCCUAAUGGCUUUGUUCCAUUUUCCGGCACUUGGCAUCCCUCUAUCAUUGGUAAGCGAAUGAAUGGCGGUGCUAGCGUUGAUAAGGGAAAACUCACACAGUUAAGUGAAGCUAUAGAGAAACAUCAACCUUCUCCUUCGAGUUCAUCCAUUGGUCAUCAGAUCAGACAAGAUGAGAACCGUCUUCCUUCCGGGGAAUUAGGCAUGGGAUUUUCUUCUAGUAAAGAUGUUGGCACAAUCUUUCCAAGUUCAUCGUCUUUAUUUGCCACACCAGAUAACGGCAGGCCAGAUUCGGGUUUGAAAGCACUGUAUGAGGCAAUGCCUCAACCAUCUUUAAGUUAUUCUCUUGCUAAUGCCCUGGCCACUACAAAGUCUUCCGUACUCUCUAAUCCUAGUGGGGUUGUCGAUGGAAGAGAACCAGAAAAAGUUCCGUCUUUCAAACAAGGGCAAAGAUCACGUCUUACAUUUCCGAAACCAUCUAAAUCUGGGGUUAGCAUACGCUCACAGUCCAACAAAGGGAUGGUUUCGGAUAAUAGAGUUGCCAGACCACCUGCUGAAGGUAGAGGUCGCAAUCAAUUACUUCCGAGGUACUGGCCAAAGAUAACUGACCAGGAACUGUUGCAAAUAUCUGGGGACUUGAACUCCAACUGCACUAUUACUCCAUUAUUCGAAAAGGUUCUGAGUGCAAGUGAUGCUGGUCGAAUUGGUCGGUUGGUCCUACCUAAAGCAUGUGCUGAAGCAUAUUUCCCGGCUAUUAAUCAAUCAGAAGGUUUACCAAUAAGAAUUCAGGAUAUAAAGGGGAAAGAAUGGACAUUUCAGUUCCGAUUUUGGCCCAAUAAUAACAGUCGAAUGUAUGUUUUAGAGGGUGUAACCCCUUGCAUACAGAAUAUGCAACUGCAAGCUGGGGACACAGUUAUAUUUAGUCGACUGGAUCCAGGAGAAAAGCUUGUAAUAGGUUGUCGAAAGGCAGCAGUUUCUGCUGAUACGCAGGAAGCUGAAACACCUGCUGUUAAUGGUGUUACUGGUGGAACUUCUAGUGGGACUGGAAACCCAUCCACGAAAAAUUCGGAGCACGAAGGCAUGAGAAAUGGGGAUUCAGUGCAGAGACCAGUGAUCCAAGAAAAGAAGAAGACUCGUAAUAUAGGAUCAAAAAACAAGAGGUUGCUCAUGCAUAAUGAAGAUGCCAUGGAGCUGAAGGUGACAUGGGAAGAAGCACACGAGUUGCUUCGCCCAUCCCCUACUUCUAAGCCAACUGUUUCCAUGAUCGAAAAUUGUGAAUUUGAAGAAUAUGAUGAACCACCGGUUUUUGGCAAGAAGACCAUAUUCACAGAGCAUGCAUCUGGGUCGCAAGAGCAAUGGGGUCAGUGUGACAGUUGCUCCAGAUGGCGGAGAUUACCUCCGGAUGUUCUUCUUCCUCCAAAAUGGACCUGCUCUGAUAACAUAUGGGAUCCAGAUAGGUGUUCAUGUUCUGCUCCGGAUGAGAUAAGCACAAGGGAUUUGGAACGAAUCUUCAAAGUUGGCAAAGAUCUGAAGAAGCGAAAGCUUGCAGAAGGAAGGGUGGUUGAAGAACCUUCCGGACUGGACGCAUUAGCCACAGCUGCGGUACUAGGCGAAAGCAUAGGGGAAUUCGGCGAGUCUUCGGCAGGCCCCACCACGAGACAUCCCCGCCACCGGCCCGGAUGCACUUGUAUCGUUUGUAUCCAACCCCCUAGUGGUAAGGGAAAACACAAACCCAAUUGCUUCUGCAACGUUUGCUUGACGGUGAAACGUCGUUUCAAAACGUUAAUGCUGCGUAAGAAGAAACGGAUGUCGGAUCGGGAGGCGGAAGUGGUCCAGAAACCAUUGGUGGCUCUUAAUAACGGGAUGAUGUCACCUGGCGGCAGAAUUAUCGAUCAAAACGGGAUGGAAGUGGAGGUGGGUGAGAGCAGCAGCAGCAAAGGAGGAGGACAAUUGGAUCUGAAUUGUGAUCCAGAUAAGGAAGAAGAAAUGAUGGCGGUUGAUGAUGGUUCUGGAAUUAUUCCUCUAGAAUGGAAAAAUGUGCUUGCAGGACUUGUUCCCUGUGCAAUGCCCAAACGUACAAAUGAGAUUGAAGGACGUCCGCCAGUUGAAGGGGACCUUAACCCUUCUUCCUCCGAGACCAUCCCUACCCACCCUCCGACCGACGAAACCGCAAGCCCGAUGGACGAUGAUGAUGCAGCAGCAGCAGCAGCAGCAAAGGUGGAGAUGGAGAAAGCUGUUGAAGAUGGGUGAUAUCGGAAGCAAAAUCCAG